GCGGAACGAGGCUUCUGGGAGAGGCCGGGACGGGUUAUGUGGAACCAUAUCACUUUCACCCUCGUCUCCCAAUAUCCACGACACUCUUUGUCUAUAUCCUGCUCCCCAUUAUUCCGAACUUCCAAAAACAAGUGCCAGGAAUUUAGCAUGGGCAGACAGCAAAUAUUGAACCUACUGAACUUCAGGGAUAGAAUAAAAUCUGUCAACAUGGUUCCAUGUAACAUGAUACACUCGUCUUCUGUGAGCUUCAAAAUAAAAAAUAAAGAGCACACAAAAACCUUCCCAGUAUUAGAUGGCGGCAUCCCUUCCCUGUAUAGACAUGUAUUUGAAAGCAAUGCAAAGAACAGUGAGAUCUGCAUUCAGAGAUACUCAGAGUUGCUUGUGAAGGUCAAUAAAGGAGGAGGAAAAAAUGCGGUAUUACGUCACACUGAGAGGAACAAGAAGUUGCUUGUUCGUGAACGCAUAAAGAUGCUUCUUGAUGAUGAACCUUUCCUUGAGCUCUCCCCUUUUGCAGGCCUUGAUAUGCCUUACGGUGAUGUUCCUGCUGCAGGAUGUCUCACUGGAAUCGGAAAAAUCUGUGGAGUCUGGUGUGUCUUCAUAGCAAAUGAUGCAACAGUGAAAGGUGGGACUAUUUAUCCUAUUUCAGUGAAGAAACAACUAAGAGCUCAAGAAAUAGCAAUUAAAAAUAGACUUCCAUCUGUUUACCUUGUGGACAGCGGGGGAGCAUUCUUACCUCUUCAGGCAGAGCUGUUUCCUGAUCAAUUCCAUGGAGGCCGAAUUUUCUACAAUGAGGCUGUGAUGUCUGCAUUGAGAAUCCCUCAGGUGGCAGUUGUAUGUGGCUCUUGUACUGCAGGAGGUGCUUAUGUUCCUACAAUGGCAGAGGAAACAGUCAUUGUAGAUAAAAUUGGUACAAUGUUCCUUGCUGGGCCCCCUUUAGUUAAAGCUGCUACAGGAGAAGACAUUCAUCCUGAUGAACUGGGAGGAGCCAACCUGCACUCAAAGGUCAGUGGCUGUGUUGACCAUUUUGCAUCUUCAGAAAAAGAAGCAUAUGAAUGUGUUAGAAAUAUUAUUUCAACACUGAAUUAUGAAAUUCCUCUAGAAGAGACUCUAGAGUUUGACAAUCCCUUGUACAAUGCUGAUGAGCUGCUGGGACUUGCACCACAAGAUUAUAGCUACACUCUACACAUAAAAUUGAUUCUGAGUCGUAUGAUAGACGGCAGCAAGUUCCAGGAAUUCAAAGCUAAUUAUGGAACAACCUUAGUAACAGGAUUUGCCUACAUAGAAGGACAGCUAGUUGGAAUAGUAGCUAACAACGGUGAGCUGACCCGUGAUGCUUCUUUAAAGGGUUCCCACUUCAUACAGCUUUGCAGCCAACGAAACAUUCCAAUCCUGUUUGUUCUGAAUACAGCUCCAUGUGCAGCAGAGCCAACCAGUCUUGCACAAGCAGAGGAUCAUACUAAUAGAUUAAAGGCACAAGCCUCCAUGAUGGCUGCUGUUGCUUGUGCUCCUGUCCCCAAGAUAACCCUUGUGAUUGGUGGCUGCUAUGGAAAUGAGAGUUAUGCUAUGUGUGGGAGGUCCUUUGAUCCAAACUUCCUGUUCCUCUGGCCUAAUGCAAGAAUUGCCCUUGUGGAUGGAAGACAUUUCCCCACAUUUUCAUUGAUCUGGGAUGAUGAUUGCCCAGGAGCAAAAGUAGACUUAACACUAUUAAAGGAAAAACUAGAGGAAGAAAGUAGUGCAUUUUACUCGUCUGCCAGGAUCUGGGAUGAUGGUGUAAUCCUACCUCAACAUUCAAGAAAGGUUAUUGCACAAUGUUUAAGAAUUAUGAAACAGCAGAAAUAUCAGACCAUGUCUCUGCAGCAGUAUUCUCUUCCUGUCAUACGAAUAUAAGCCUAUAAAGAACUGGAUUUGAACAUUAUGCUGAUGACAAAUUAUGAUCAUUCAUAUUUUAAUAUUGUAAUAGGAAUACCAUUAUGAGAUCAAAAUAUGAAAGCGUAGCUGAACUUCAAGAGAUGUUGUAUAUAUCUCUUCAACUCAACCAUGUUUCUAUUCUUGUCUUUACUCCAUUGGUAGGAUACUUUAAAUGUAGGUAUUUUGUGCUGAAUAUGAAUUAUUAUUCACAGAUUUUAUUACUUUUCCAAGAUUCUAGACAGCCCCCACAGUUCAAAACAUUUUUUUUAAAUACAGAAACAUAGAAGAACAGCAACAAACCACACCCUCCCAAGUGGACUAACCAGACCAUCUGCAAGCUAGACAGGGAACAGGCACUUUGACACACCUUCUGAAAGGCCCAGAAAGAGGUGCAGCUGCACAAACUGGGGAGAUGACUCCACAAUGUUUGGCCAAUUGAUAUGAAGGCCCUGCUUCUAACCACAACAGUUCUCACCUCUCACAGAGUUCGCAUAGGAAAACAGCUAGAUUAGUUGGUCAAAGCUGAGAAUAAGGUCAGUAGAAGGAGAUGUGUUCUCUAAGAUAUGUGCACCCACAUGAACUUUAAUAAUUUUCAUGUAAUUUUAC